CUCAGUCCAACCCGCGUCCACACUUCCAAUAGGUAUUAGGUACUACGUCGGAUUGCUUGCACGCACCACUGGCAUGAGCUCACACCGUGCACACACGCGUUCCGACUACAUUUUCUUCCUCUCCUACCGAACUCGCUGGAUUGAUAACGACCAGUACUCACACGUCAACAAUUCCGUCUACUACCACCUCUUUGAUUCUGUAGUCAACACUUUUCUCAUCCAACGAUGCGGACUCACCUCUGAUUCUGCCCAAAUUGGACUGGUGGUCUCGUCCCAUUGCCAAUUUUUCUCCCCCCUGUCAUUUCCUCAGGUGCUGGAUCUCGGCCUUCGGGUAGUGAAGCUCGGUUCAAGUUCUGUGACGUAUGAGGUCGCGGUAUUUGAGGAGGGAAAAGAUGCACCCGCAGCUGUCGGAGGUUACACCCAUGUUUUUGUUGAACGGGGGUCCAGGAAGAGCAGCCCCAUGACUGAUCUUCUGCGGGAAGGUCUUUCAAGCCUGUUAUCGACCAAUGAGAGCUUGGAAUCUAAGCUUUGAAGUGCGCUUACACUAAAUCGUCUUGGAAUUCUUCGAACUCGCUAAUGAACGAGAGGGUGCUAUAACAAGCACGCCUACCUGAUUCCCUGAUUUUCUAGUACGACAACUAGUCUAACCUCUUUUCGUGCCACAUCUCUGGUGCUCGCGUGCCCUCCACAUGACUGAUGCUGAUCCUAUGUCCCAU